UAUAGAAACACUGAGGAAGUUUAGAAUAAUUCUAUUUUUCCCAACGAAUUAUCAAUUUUUGCGGAUUUUUGCAUCACGACUGCGUGAAAGUGAAAUUGAACUAAGCAAACCAUGAAGAGGAACCAAAAUUUUCUCUUUGUCGUUAUUCGCGGACAGCUCAAUAAGACAAUGUACAGAUGGCUGACACCAGAAACUGUUGAUAUGAAAACAGCUUUCGCAAAACGAUAUUUUCCUUUCAAGUCAAGCAGAUAAAACUAAUCUGAAUCAAAAUCCUCAGAGUUCUAACAGAGGUGAAAUUUGGUUGUCACAUAUAUAAAGGCUACUGUGUGAAAUGACCAAACCUCAUAUUUUCAAAGCCAUAUUUGGAAUAGUCGGUGCGAUACUAACGUAAAAUUUUCGCUUUGAGACUGAAUUAGCAACUAUUUAACUCUGAAUAAUUAAACAAGACCUCUCUUUACCUACAGUAGAUUCACAUAAAAAUGCAAAAUAAUCAGAAGUUUAGUAAAUAAAAACCAUGGGAUUAAUAAUGUUUUUUUUCCAUAUUUUGACAACAUACUUAUAAUUCAGGAUCGGUACACGUCAAUUUGUAGUGUAAAGUUAGUGGAAGCAUUUAUCGGUAAAACAGGCAGGAGAAACAUAAUACCUGAAAGACAUUUGUUACACCUCUUUCGAUCCAGGCUUUACACAACAGUUCAGUGUUUAGGGAGCUUGGUCAAUAUGUUUGAAAACCACCUAUAGUAAAAUCACUAACAUUGGUGUAGGGAACCAAAUAAUUUCUAUUCCUACGUGCCGCAAUGAAUUCUGCAAAGAUAGGGGAAAUAGAGAAAUUUCACAAACAAGGGAAAAAAGAAAAUCAGUUUAUACAAAGAUCUCUAGAAAGGAACAUAAGUGAACUGGAAAAGGAAGAAAAACAGCUGGAAAAUAACAUUAAAAGAAUGGCCGAAAUGGGAAUGAAAUCUGCCUGCGGACCAUUAGCAUUGCAGUUAUCAAAAAUCCGUGCUAUGAAACUUAAAUUGUUAGGAUUUGGGAGCCAUAUGGAUUGUAUACAAUCAAAACAAACAACUUCUCUUAUUGCAGUGAGAUAUGGCGAAUCGGUUGAAUCAGCUACAAAAAACAUGAAAAGCUUUAAUAAGGCAAUGAAAAAAAGCAAAAUCCCUCAACAAAUUCAACAAUUUGAUGAGGCAGAAUUGAAUAUGGACAUAUCAGAAGAAUGUUUAGAUGACCUUCUACCUUCCUUAUGUAUAUCUGAUGAAGAAGAUACAGAUGAACAAAUAGUAAAAAUAUUAGAUGAUCUAGAGAGUGUAAAUCUCAGUCGAUGGCCAAGUGUUCCUGACUCUACUUUAAACAAAUACAGUGCAAUACUUGAAGAUAUUCAUAAAGAAACAUAUUAAGUGAACAUAUACAACCGUAAUUAUUUUUUAACUUCUUUUUUAAAUAAUUAUUAUUAUAAUAUGACUUUGUGCUUUAUUUAUCAUCAUAUGAUUUGAAAAUUUUUAUAAGAUGAAUAUUCAGUUUUUAAAAUUUUGAAAUGUUUACUUUUGUAUUCUCUUAACACGAAACAUAUGUCAUUAACAAUUCCUAUUGAAACGUUUUUGAAAAUCAAUUUCUGACUUUAGUCAAUACUCAACCUACUUAUCUUCUGAAAUUUGUUUGACUGAAAUAACUCGGAACUUUUUAAUGACAUAAGCUUGUGAGCUAUUCAUCCAACUUUAAACUCUGGGUUCUAUUGCCUUUUAUAUUAUAUCAUACUCAUAUUUAAAGUAUGAGGUCUUUAUGUAGUUAUCAUUUCUUUUUCAUGUUCUUAUAACACGAUAAAUUGGCAGUAUUUUUUGGUCGAUAUAAGAUUUGGUUACUUUAUAUGGAUAAUUUUUUCAUGUCAACUAAAUUGAAGUUUGAAAUUUAAUUUCAGUUAGUCGAAUAAGGAAAACUUAUUGUCACCUUGUAUAUUAUCCAGUGACAUUAUCAUAUUGGAACGGCUAGUGUAUUCACAAAUUCUUUACCGAGCAGUGUUUCAGAUAAAAACAAUACUGUAGUUUUGUGACUGCUGGUUGAUAAUUCUUCACGUUGUUCAGUUGAAGUUAAGUUAAUUUUCCUGAACAUGAACAGAA